CCAAAUAAAUAGAAGCUUCCGGUUUAGUUUGUCAUCACAAAAAUAUAUUAUUUUUUUUGCAAAAACAAUGCCACUUUAUGAAAGCUUAACUUAUAGCACAGAUAAAACUGUUGUUGUGAUAGAUAUAGGAAGAGCCUAUACGAAGUGUGGAAUAGCAGCUGAUACUGCACCAAGAUGUAUAAUACCCAGUGUCGUAAUUGAUGCUACAACAGGAAAGACUCAUAACUUGUGGGAUUAUUCUAAUACAGAUGAGCUUUAUGAAAAUUUGAAAGAUUUCCUCUACAAAUUAUAUUUCAGAAGUUUAUUAGUCAAUCCUAAAGACAGACCUGUUGUUGUUGUUGAAUCGCUAUUAUGUCCUACAGCUUUUAAAGAAACAUUAGCUAAAGUCCUAUAUAAACAUUAUGAGGUGAGCUGUUGUUUAUUUGCACCAUGUCAUAUGGUAGCAUUAUUAACAUUAGGUGGUAAUAUAGGACUGGUUAUGGAUGUUGGUUAUGAAGAAACAGUAGUUAUACCUGUAUAUGAAGGAGUUCCUGUGUUAAAAGCUUGGCAGGCAUUGCCACUUGGUGGAAGAGCUAUUCAAAAUCGAAUACAGGCUCAAUUGCUAGAACAUGGAACAAUAAAAACACCUCAAGGUGAAGAUAAACCAGUAUCCUCAAAUCCAGAAGUAAUAACAGAUAAGAUUUUAGAAGAUAUAAAAGUGCGAUGCUGUUUUGUUACUAAUACACAAAGAGCUAGUUUAAUACAAGAUGUAACAGUUUAUGGGGGAGAUAUCAAUAAGCUACCCCCACCCCCACCAGAUGUAAAUUAUCCACUAGAUGGUAGUAAUGUUUUACAUAUUAGUGGAAAAAUAAGGGAACAUUCAGCAGAAGUUUUAUUUGAACAAGAUAAUGAUGAAAGAUCCAUUGUAACAUUGAUUCUCGACUCACUCAUUGAUUGUCCAGUGGAUACGAGGAAACAGUUAGCAGAGAAUAUUGUAAUAAUGGGUGGGACAACCAUGCUGCCAGGCUUUCAUCAUAGAUUAAAAUGUGAAUUAUAUGAACAUCUAAAACUACCUAAAUACCAACAAGAAUAUGGUAUAAAACAAUUCCGCUUUCAUCAACCACCAUCUAAAGAAAAUUAUACUGCAUGGUUAGGAGGUGCAAUGAUUGGGGCUUUAGAAACAUUACCCAGUCGUAGUUUAUCAAAAGAAGCAUAUUUACAGAGUGGUAAAGUACCUGACUGGUGUGUUGGUGUAUCAAAUACAGAUCUGGAAGUUAAAUCACCAACAAAGAAAACAUGAACACUUUAAUUGUCUUUGUUAUUUUUGUUUAGUAUUUAUAAUUGAUUUUAGAAUUUGUUUGUUCACGUUAAAGGUACUCAUACUAGUACAGGUAUGUUAAAAUGUGAUGUAAUGCAUGCUGCUAAUUCACUCACAUUUUUUGGAGUACCCAAUCCAGUAACCAGUCUAUAAUGUACUUGCCUGCCUUAACAGAUUCUUCUCUCCCUUGUGAGACGAAUUCUUUGCUAUGGAUAUGGGUGCAAUAAAUAAUUUUUCAACACCUUUUGCUUAGUCACACAUAAAGUGUUUUAUUCCAGGAUAAAAGUAUUUGUAACCUUGCUGGAGACUAGAAGUGGUUAUAAAUAAUGCUGAUCAGAUCAUAAUGUCUCCCUCAUUUCAAAUUUGAAUUCAUAAUAGCAUUUUGAGAUUUCUUAUGCAUUUUACAUUUUAUAGCCUUUAAUUACCAUGGUUGUUUGGGAUAAGUCUUCUAAUAAAUAUUGCUCUGAUGGUAUAAUAGAUUCAAUGUAACGUAUUGCAUACUUGUAUUUACAUAGUUGUACUACUGCAUUAUGUGUCAUAAAAUGAUAAAUUUUUA